CCCACCUCUGAGACGUCUGGCCCUGCCCCUGAGACCCUGUCAAGAUCCCUGGCUGGUUCCCUUGCCGAAGGAGAGUUUACCGUGGACUUCGAGAAGGUCUACAAGUACCUGUCCUCCUCGUCGUGUGGUAGCCGCUGCCCCGAGCUCUCCGCAGCUGAGGCAGCCGUGGUCCUCGACCUGAUCACAUCGCUCCCUGAGGAGCUGCCCCGCCUGCCCUGCGCGGCCCUCAUCAAGCAUAUGGAGGAGACAUACCGACGCCUGACGGCCCCCCAGCCCUGCCCCACUGCCGGGAGCCCACCGCCUGGGGCCCAGGACAUUGGGACUGGCUCCAAAGGGCCAGAGGGGCUUGGCCCGACCACUCCCCACGCCGGAGAGAAUGCGGGGCUCAGCGACCUGAGGCCAGCCUGGCGAGCAGCCGGGAUCUGCCCGCUGAACCCGUUCCUGGUGCCACUGGAGCUC